AUCUACAAUUGCAAAAUGGGGCUAAGCAGAAGCCAAAAGCAGGAAAUCUACACUCCAACCAAGAAGUCAUGGUCUCAUUUUGCUGUACUCCUCCUCAUCAUGUCAAUUAAAGCCCAUCAAGCCACUGCAUCUGAUAGCAUGUACCCAGGUCAGUCUCUGGCAUGGAACCAGACCCUUAUUUCCAGAAGUGGAAUUUUUGAAAUGGGUUUCCUCAAACCUGGUAAGUCUCGCUUCUUUCUUCUAGGCAUAUGGUAUAAAAUUAUAUCAGAGUUUACGGUGGUUUGGGAAGCUAAUCAUGUAUUCUCGAACCCAACACUACAACUUUCUGAGGGUGGUGACUUGUUGGUAACAGAAAAAGGAGGUGAAGAUUUUUUUCUUCAUAGUGGCUUGGUUUAUUCUAAUUAUACCAUUGGGAGAGGGGUGCUACUUGACAAUGGAAAUUUUAUUUUAAAAAGUAAAUUUUAUAAUACUGUAUUGUUGCAGACUUUUGAGCCUGAGUUUACAACCGGUACAUGGCUGCCAGGGGCCAAGGUGCCUGCUGUCAAUACAAUUACCAAUGAAAGUGAUGAUAGUUUUCAUUAUCGUAUUCCGUUUCUAGCUAAAGGGCAGUUCUCUGCUGAAUUAGAAGUAGAAAAAGAUGGAAUGGGUUACUUGAUAUUAUAUUAUACUAUUCUUCCUGAUGGCCAUCUGUAUAAGUAUGGCAGGUAUCUGUCUACAAAAGAAUUGACCAACCAAUACGUAAACGUGUCCUAUGUUUCCAAUAAUUAUGAAAGAUAUUUUAUAUAUUCUGUCGUUCCUCCUUAUAAAUUCACAAGAUUUGUUUUGAAUGUCAUCGGAGAGCUCAAUCUCUAUGUAUAGGACAAUGAUUUACGCCAAUGGAAUU